AUGUUCUCAGGCAGUCGAUAUUGCUUGUCGAGGAAAACAAGCAUACCCGUUGCCGAGAAUAUCAGCACAGCUUUGAAGAAUGAACCUCUUCUCUUCCUCUAUCCACCGGCCUUCGCUGCGGCGGUCGAUAACUCGAUCGUGCUCACAAAACCACGGCCGGCCCCAGAUGAUAGAAAACAGACAAAAGAACGAAUAAACCGUGAGCCAGAGGAUGCGCAGUGCCGGCAAUGGAGGACUUCAGGCCAUCCCAGCUCGGAACUACCUCCAAGCAUUAGCACCGAAAAACUCCCGCACGACACCGUACAACCUCAAGCUAGACCUGAAGCCAUCUCUCUGAACACUGUUCAACCUCCGCCAAUUGUCGAGUAUGCCCGUGAGAGAAUCAAAAUCAAAACGAAGGACAGCCAUUCCCUACCAAAUCGAUCUAAACAUGCCCUACCGGGAGUGCUUUCUGAGCUCAAUCAUCCAGAAACCCAACUGAAAGUCCAAUCGUUAAGCCAUGACUGUAACACGGCAGCUCAAUCAAUAACUAGGGAUGUAUCAGUAAAGAAGAGAGGCCGUCUCGGUGGAUGGAUAAAAAAAUCGGCCAAGGGAGUUCCAUUACGUUAUACCAAAUCCAUGGCCGAUUUUGACAGGAGAAAUACUUUCAGCAAUCCCUACGCGGUGCAGACAAGUCCUCCCUUACGAUAUAUCCGCCAUGGUUACAAUGACCCCAUCAGUCACCGAGUAUACCAGCACAGAACCCUCGAGGAACACAGAUGGGACUUACAGCGUCAGGCUGGCAUCUGCCUUCAACUUGUGGAAGGGUUCAAGAAGGUGGUUGGCAAUAAACAAGAGCCUUCAAUAGAUGAAUAUCAAAAAACAAUUACCUUAAGUGAAGCUGACGUGGUUGCCUUGGUGGGGGAUGAGCGUGAAAACAUGUGGAUUAUACCUUUACUGAGUGGUUGCCGUGCACACGUUCUCCCUCAAGCGCACGAUUCAUACGGCCCUCGCCGCUUGGUGUUAAGCGGCACACGGGCAGCCGUAGAAGCUGGAGAGAGCCAUAUCCAAGAGCUUAUACGAAAUCUUCCCAAGAACGACCUUCCUCCUUUCACUCCGCCUCCCAAAAAUAUUCCUCAGAAACCCGUGAUACGAUCGGUAUGGGCGUCACUUCCGCUAGAGCCGCUUGAGCCUGGCAAAAAUGAGAUAAAGACGCCUGAUAAGUUCACUGUUAAAAGCUUUGCGGAUUAUAUUGAAGAUUUGGUCCUUGCACCAGUUACACGCUUGGUCCAUGGGCGACUCCACCAUGCACUCGGGGUAUCCCAUAAGGAUGCGAUUGGAGACAUGAUCCGCCGCCUCUUACUCGACCCUGAAAACCGACAGUACUUCUCUUCUCGUUCAAUAUGCCUUGCCAUAUCCUACUUUGCGGGUAAUCACGCUCGCUCAUCACUCCAUUCCCUGCUUCCAGUUUUCGAGGGCCAGAUGACCUCACGGACAAUAAAUGCGCUUAUGCGAGCAGCUGUCCUUCGCCGAGAUUUUGUAGCCCUGAAAUGGUGUAUAAAUGCCAUGAAACGGCAGGGAAUAUGUCCUCGCAACUGGGCUUGGGUAUCAGUUCUCUCAGCGAUAACCCCCAAUGCCCACCGAUUUGACCUGCUGGUUCGAGCCAAAAACUCUGGGGUCUUUGACGACAGGCAUGUGUUCCAAGUUGCUGUCUCAAUAUCCAUCCAGCCGAAAUUUGGAAAAUGGCUCAAAGAUGGCGGCACAGUAUCUGAUUUUAUUAAGCACAUGGAUCAAACACUUGGCAGUGACUGGAUGAAUGUUCGAACUAUCAAUAGAAUGAUCCUAGAGGGUUCUUUAUCCAGCCGGCCAACUGCGGUCUCGGAAAUCCUGGAGUUUUGCGAACGAACGUCUUUCCGGCUUGACACCACGAGUCUAAAUAAUGCACUGUUUUACUUCCUUCAUCAGUCAGACAAGAUGAACAAAUCGUUUGUGGCUUUGUACUUGAACGUUUCCGAAACAUUUGGCAUCAAGGGCGAUGAUCAAACGAUGGAUAUACUUUGGCACCUUGCGUGGAGAGCAAGGGCGUAUAAUAUCUGCCGAGUUCUCUGGCGCCACGGCUGCUUCAAUGGCUGGACUACACAGAAAAUGCAAGUUAGCAUAUAUUCAUCCCUCCGCCGAGAGGUACAUGGCUCUGCACUUCCAGAGCGUGAGUACUGGCUUCAGAAUAUUGGCAAGGUAGUCGCUGGUGCCAUUCCGUUCGAAGACUUAGGGACGGACGUCAGUGAAGCCUUUAACAAACUUGUACUCGGGGUCCGAGAAUCGUCCUCUGAAGCAUCGCCUGAAUGGCGGAAGGAGUUGGCAAAGAAACUGGUGGACAGUGACCUUAGUGUUUCGGAUAGAGGAUAUAGCUAUAAAGAGCCCCUGAACAAAGUCCUCGAGAGAGCAUAUGCUUUGGAUGAAGAAUGGGGUUCUUGUCAUGACAAGCCAGUCCACUGGCUAAGGAAGAACAGUGUGACAGUUGACGUCGUUAAACCCAGGGUUAGGGUCUCCAAGUCCCGAGAAUCCCUUCUUGACUCCAGUGUUAAGUUAACAAAUAAGCGCGAGCCUCUCGCUCUGAAUGGCUAA